CGCCCCUAACAUGCGGCUGCCGCUGCUCUUGUCCGCGGGCGUCCUGCUGGUAGCUCUCCUGCCCUGCCCGCCAUGCAGGGCCCUCGUCAGCCGGGGGCCCAUCCCGGGCGCCCGGCAGGUCCCUCAGCACCCCCAGCCCCUGGAUUUCUUUCAGCUGCCGCCGCAGCCCCAGCAGCCGCAACAGCCGCAGGCUCGGCCCGUCCUGCUCCGCAUGGGGGAGGAAUAUUUCCUCCGCCUGGGUAACCUCAACAAGAGCCCCGCUGCGCCCCUCUUGCCCGCCUCUUCACCUGUCGCUGGCGGCAGCGGCAGCCGCCUUUCGCCGGACGAGGCGGCCGCCAACUUUUUCCGCGCGUUGCUGCAGCAGCUGCCGCUGCCCCGGCGCCCGCUCGACAGCCCCGCAGGUCCCGCCGAGCGCGGAGCAGAGAAUGCCCUUGGCAGCCGCCAAGAGACACCGGAGAGGGAGAGGCGAUCCGAGGAACCUCCCAUCUCGCUGGAUCUCACCUUCCACCUCCUCCGAGAAGUCUUGGAAAUGGCCAGGGCCGAACAGUUAGCGCAGCAAGCUCACAGCAACAGGAAACUGAUGGAGAUUAUUGGGAAAUAAAACGGUGCGUUUGGCCAAAAAGAUGCAGCAUUUAGCACAAAAAAAUUUAAAAAAAUUACACUAUUCCGUACCAUAGCGUUGCUCUGAUACCAUUUGUUUAUUUUUUAUAGCGUGAAGCCUAGACGAUAUACAGCAAGGGAGCCUAUACUUAAUUAGCAUGCACAAAGUGUAUUCACGUGCAGUAACAGCAACAAAAUGUUAUUUGUAUUGUCUACUUUUAGUUUUCAUUUCCAGGUGUCUUUAAUGGUGUUUAGAAAGUAUAGACCCAGAAGGAAAUGUUUUGAAGCAGACAGAAGUCACCCAAUUUAUUUUGUUGUGGUCUGAGCCAAAGAGAAUGUCAUUCUCUUGGGUGGGUGAAACAAAAUCUGUAAGCUCUUUGAAUCAACCUUUCCUUGUAAACGUUUCAGUAAUAAAACAUCUUUCCCAAUCCUUGGUCCAUUUGGUUGUGUAAAAGAAUGUUGGAUAUUUAUAUUUUUAAUAAAAGCUGCAAAGGUAAUCAGGACUUUAUUUUUCCUUUUCAAUGUUCAUAGGAGUAAAACUCUGAGCUCCUGGCUUCCUUCACCCUGACUUCAGCACAAGAGAAAACAAAACUCCUUGCAUUAAUUUCCUACUAAAAAUACAUGCAUACACCAGUGGCUUACACAGAUACUGCAAUUGCCUCUCUGUACCUCAGAUUACUCCUCUGAGGUGAGGUUAAAUAAUUUAGGAAGUUUCUUCCAGCUUUAAGACUUGAUAAUUCUAUGACUGGAAGAUCAAUUCAUAAUGGAAAUAAUAACUAACCCUGAUUAACUAUAAGAUGUUAAAUAAUUGUAGAGGGCGGGGAAAAAGGAAAGGCAAAGAGGAGAAGUGUUCACAGGGCAUUCCUCCAAACUACAGGGCCAACACUGCUUGUUUUUGUUUUUGUUUGUGGUAUGAGAAAGACUCACUUUAUCAAGCUACUACUUUGGUACCAUAAAAUACAGUUUUUCUAUGCUAUUUUCCAGUGCCUACUUCUUUUUUUUUUUUAUUAAAUUUUUAUUUAUUUAUUUGACAGAGAGAGAGAUAGCGAGAGCAGGAACA